UUACUCUUUUCCACGUUUCAGGGCAAUCCUUGACAAAAAAGUUGAUGCAUCUUCAAGCUCUAGAAUUGGUGAAGCAACUGUGGGAGCAAGUGUUGUUGCUAGAUGACUACAAAAUUGGAGAACUACUUCGGAAACCUUCAAGAUUGUUGUUUACUGCUGCAGAGUUGGGGAAUGUUGAAUUCAUAAAAGUGCUGAUUCAGAAGUAUCCUGACCUUAUUUGGAAAGUAGAUGAUCACAGUCGAAGCAUAUUUCACAUUGCAGUGUUGCAUCGUCAGGAAAACAUUUUUAAUCUGAUUCAUGAGAUUGGCGCUCAUAAAGAUUUGAUAGCGGCUUAUGAAGAUGAAAAUAACAAUAACAUGUUGCAUUUGGCUGGAAAGCUUGCCCACCCAGAUAGAGUCAAAAUUGAUUCUGGUGUAGCUCUGCAACUUAGACGAGAGUUGCAUUGGUUCAAGGAAGUCGAAAAAGUUGUUCAACCAUCUUAUAGAGAAACCAAAAAUUCCGAGGGGAGGACACCUCAUAUUUUGUUUUUGGAGGAGCAUAGAAGACUUGUUCGCGAAGGGGAAAAGUGGAUGAAAGACACUGCAUCUUCAUGUAUGGUUGUUGCAACACUUAUUGCAACCGUGAUGUUUGCUGCAGCCUUCACUGUACCAGGUGGCAAUAACAAUCUUACAGGCAAGCCUGUUUUUCUACAUCACUGGUCAUUUUUGGUUUUUGCCAUAUCGGAUGCAUUGGCACUAUUUUGCUCUGCCACUUCAAUAUUGAUAUUCCUCUCCAUUCUCACCUCGCGCUAUGCAGUAGAAGAUUUCUUGCAUUCAUUACCAAAUAGGUUGAUAAUAGGGCUUGCAACUCUCUUCAUCUCUAUAGCAACCAUGAUGGCAGCAUUUGGAGCCACUCUUUUCAUUGUUCUAAGUAAUGAAUUUGCAUGGAUAGCUAUUCCAAUAGCCAUUGUUGCUUGUGUUCCUGUCACCCUAUUUCCUCUGCUCCAAUUCCCCCUUCUUUCUGAUAUGAUUAGUCACUUGUAAAUGUUAGUAUUUUUUCUAUUUCAAAUCAUCACUUGUAUUAGCUCACUGCAAAACAAUCUUUUCAUUAUGUAUUGGAAAUGCUGAGUAAUGAACUAAGAUUCAUUUAAUUUUUCAAA